AUCUAAAAACAUCAUCAAAAGCAUUUUUCAUUUCCUCUCAAACCAAAGAACAAAAAAUGGACGUUGAAUCUUCAUCUCCAUCGUCACAUGCUCUUAUUAAGAAGGAGAAAGGAGGAUGGAGAGCUAUCAAGUACAUUAUUGCCAAUGAGUCGUUUGAGAAGCUGGCGUCGAUGAGCUUGAUUGGGAAUUUAUCGGUGUAUCUCACGACAAAAUACAAUCUUGGUGGUGUUUUCUUGGUGAACGUCAUCAACAUCUGGUUUGGUUCUUGCAACGUUCUUACUCUCGCAGGUGCUUUUGUCUCCGAUGCUUACCUCGGAAGAUUUUGGACUCUUCUCCUCGGUUCCAUUGCCUCCUUUAUCGGAAUGGGAAUAAUUGCUCUAACCGCGGCUCUCCCGCGAUUAAGACCUGAGGCUUGCAUCGAUCCAUCGAAUUGUUCAAACCAGCCCGCGAAAUGGCAGCUUGGGGUUCUAUUCUCCGGUCUAGGUUUACUAGCCAUUGGUGCAGGAGGAAUAAGACCAUGCAAUAUCGCAUUUGGAGCUGAUCAAUUCGAUACAAGCACUAAAAAAGGCAAAGCCCAGCUUGAAACAUUCUUUAACUGGUGGUACUUCUCCUUCACGGUGGCUCUAGUCAUUGCAUUGACAGGUGUCGUCUAUAUACAAACUAACAUCAGUUGGGUCAUUGGUUUCGUGAUCCCCACGGCUUGUCUUGCACUCUCCAUCACCACCUUCCUCAUUGGUCAGCAUACUUACAUAUGUGCAAAACCUGAGGGCAGUGUGUUCGCAGACAUAGUUAAGGUUGUUGCCGCGGCUUGUAAGAAACGUAAGUUGAAAUCUGGAUCAGAUAUAAUGUUCUACAUAGGCCCUUCUAAUGAUGGAUCACCCACCACUUUGGUCCGAGACAAACAAAGGUUAAGGUUUUUUGACAAAGCAUCGGUGGUAACUAAUCCGAACGAGUUAAACGAAGAAGGUAAUGCGAAGUACAAAUGGAGAUUAUGUAGUGUGCAGCAGGUGAAAAACCUCAAGUGUGUGACCGCAAUUUUACCAGUUUGGGUCACGGGAAUCGCGUGUUUCAUACUGACUGACCAACAAAACAUAUACGGGAUCCUUCAAGCAAUGCAGAUGGAUAAAACGUUCGGACGACAUAAUUUCCAAGUCCCAGCAGGAUGGAUGAAUCUCGUCUCUAUGAUCACUCUCGCGAUUUGGAUCUCACUUUACGAGUGCGUUAUCAUACCAAUAGUGAAACAAAUCACAGGACGGAAAAAACGGUUGACGAUGAAACAAAGAAUUGAGAUAGGUAUCGUAAUGGGAAUCGCUUGUAUGAUUGUCGCGGCUUUCCAAGAGAAGAAGCGAAGAGCCUCCGCUCUAAAGAAUGGCUCAUUCGUAUCGCCCAUUUCUAUUGUAAUGCUCCUUCCUCAGUUUGCUCUUGCGGGUUUAACCGAAGCGUUUUCCGCGGUGGCUCUUAUGGAGUUUCUGACGGUUAGGAUGCCUGAGCAUAUGAGAGCAGUUGCUGGAGCAAUCUUCUUCUUGAGCUCGUCGAUUGCGAGUUACAUAUGCACGCUUCUAAUAAAUGUGAUUGAUGCCGUGACACGCAAGGAAGGGAAAUCUUGGUUAGGAGACAAAGAUUUGAACAAGAACAGGCUUGAGAACUACUUUUUCAUAAUAGCCGGCAUUCAAGUCGCGAAUCUGCUCUAUUUUAAGUUCUAUGCUUCAAGGUUUGCCACUGAUAACAAAAAAGGACACUAGAGAUUUUUAGAUAAGACUUCGGAGGUUAUGAUCAGUUUCUUUUUUCUAUAAACUAUUUCUUGUGUACUGGGACUUAUUUUCCAUAAGAAAAUCAGAUUUUCAAAUGGGUUUUGA